CGUAUAUGGGUCCAUCUAAAAUAGACAGCAGUCUACUUAACUCGUUGAUGGUUUCGGAGCUGGAGCACUGGAUAGUUCCUCUGACUGCCUUCGCAACGCGCGCUUCUGGUCUUUUUCUCCCCCCCUGAAACUACAGAGCAAGAAAGAGCUGCCACCGUUAACAGAGAAGAACUGUACAUUUGAAGAGCUAUUUUUUCCAUCGCCAAUAUACCCAUUCGUUCUGCCCAGAAGCCUUAUCGAAGCCGGGAAAUUCGUCUUCUGAACUGACUUAACCGGUGCAUUUAAGGAUGAAUGCAAACAGACAUGAUGAGAAUAUUUAAAUCUCAGUAUACGCUAACAGUUUUGACUGUAAUUCGACUUUUUCCUAGAGGAACGUAGGCUAGUUUCACCUUCGGAUCGCAGCAUCCUCAACCAUCGUCAACCACAUCCGCACAUAUAUCCUAAGUUCACAGUGCGCGUGCAACAAGGUUUUUAUUUUGUUGCCAUGUAUAGAAAUGUGAUUACACAUGCAUGCUAUGCAAAGGACUGAGUUAUAUUCAGUCCUUGGAUGUGGCCGGAGUACGUGAACACAUGCGCCAAAAUCAAGUUUUGGAAAUGAUUGUACUUAAUUUGUGGAAGCGGGGAUCAUCGCGGCAGCGUUGGAUAAUAUACUCCGAUAUGUUUUUGGUACCAAUUCUUUGGCUCUUCUCCGAGACGUUCGCGGCACCCUCGCUGACGGCCGAGCAGAUCAACAUGGGGGUGGAUUGGCUGACCAAGUUUGGGUACCUCCCACCCCCAGACCCAGUGACAGGACAGCUGCAGACCAAGGAGGCUUUGACCAAAGCCAUCAAAGCCAUGCAGAAGUAUGGAGGAUUGGAGGAGACAGGAGUGCUAGAUGAAGAGACCCUGGUGCUGAUGAAGACUCCUCGCUGCUCUCUGCCAGACCUCUCAGAGCCAGAACCUCAUUCAGGCCGGCGGAGACGCUCAGUGCCCUCCCAGACCAAGUGGAGCAAAAGACACCUGUCCUGGAGAAUACGGACAUUCCCGAAGGAGUCUCACCUGCUGGGGAGGGACACGGUGCGGGCCCUGAUGUACUAUGCGCUGAAGGUUUGGAGUGACAUCUCACCCCUCAACUUCCACGAGGUGGCAGGCAGCGAGGCAGACAUCCAGAUUGACUUCACCAAGGCUGACCACAACGACGGAUACCCCUUCGACGGACCUGGGGGCACCGUGGCGCAUGCGUUUUUUCCUAGCGACCGAUUCACAGCAGGCGAUGCACACUUUGACGAUGACGAAGCCUGGACGUUCAGGUCACCAGAUGCCCAUGGGAUGGAUCUGUUUGCGGUGGCUGUGCACGAGUUUGGCCACGCCAUCGGCCUGGCACACACCUCCGCCAUCGAGUCCAUCAUGCGGCCGUACUACCAGGGCCCGGUGGGAGAUCCACUAAAGUACAGCCUCCCCUACGAGGACAAGGUCCGUGUCUGGCAGCUCUAUGGGGUUAGAGAUUCAGUGUCCCACACAGAACGCCCUGAUAUCUCCCACAGUGCAGAACCCCCUGUCCUCCUGGAUCUCCCUGAAAACAGGUCCACUGUCCCGCCCGCUCGUGACGCCCCAGACAGAUGCAGCACUCACUUUGAUGCCGUGGCCCAGAUUCGUGGAGAGGCCUUCUUUUUCAAAGGGAAGUACUUCUGGCGUCUGACUCGAGAGAAGCACCUGGUGUCUCUGCGUCCGGCCCAGAUCCAUCGGUUCUGGAGGGGCCUGCCGGCCAACCUGGACAGCGUGGACGCUGUGUACGAGCGGCCUGGGGACCACAAGAUCGUCUUCUUCAAAGGACAGAAGUACUGGGUGUUUAAAGACAACAACGUGGAGGAGGGCUACCCCCGACCUAUCAGCGAUUUUGGCCUGCCAACGGAGGGUGUGGACGGUGCCUUUGUAUGGCUGCACAAUGAAAAGACCUACUUCUUCAAGGGCAGCCAGUACUGGCGCUAUGACGACCACCUGCGGCGCAUGGAUAUGGGCUACCCCAAGGACAGCAUGUUGUGGAAGGGAGUCCCUCCACAGCUGGAUGACGCCAUGAGGUGGUCUGAUGGUGCCUCCUACUUCUUCAAGGGUAAGGAGUACUGGCGGGUGGUGGGGAGUGACAUGGAGGUGGAGGCGGGGUACCCGCGGCCCGUUGGGAAGGACUGGCUGCUGUGCACUGAUAUGCAGUCUGACUCUCCGGCCCUGGAAGCCAACGGCACAGAGACUCGCUCUCACGGCCAGCGGCACGCCAGCCACGCGGAGAACAACUACGAGGUGUGCUCCUGCACCUCCGACUCAGCCAUGGCCCUCUCUGCCCGCCUCACCCUCUCCUCCCUGUGGCUACUAACCCCCCUCUGGACACUCACAGCGACUCUCUCUACAUCGUCAUGGUGACAGGGGCCACGGACUCAUGGACACAGACAGGCAAAAAAUGGCUGCCUUUUCUUUUGUGCUUUUGUUUUUCUCUUUGGUAGUACAGUACAGCCACAUGACGCGCAACCAUUUUGUGAAUACACCUGCAUAGUUAUUUUUUUACAGUCAACAUAACUAAUGUCAACUUUAUUAUUCCCAGUAUUAUUUAUGAAAAAGGUAUAUAUACAAUGAAUAAAAUCAAAGUUGUUUCAUAUUGUGAAGAAAUGGAAAAUAUUUUUUUACUUUUAAAGUUUCAGAUUGUAUGAUCUUUGGUAAAACAGUGGAUGUAUUUAUAGUAAUUGUACACCUAAUAAUGAACCAUUAGAACAGUAAUUGAAUUCCCAGGAAAACUUUUUUUAAUUACUUAAAGCCUUUAAUAUCAGGGGAAAUAUAUAGAUUCAAUAUAUAUGCUUUUCAACUUCCAUACAAAAACUGCAUUCCAGCAGAAUUGUGUAAUACCUGUCAUAUGCUUUUGCUGUAGAAAGUCAUCUGUCUCACACCAGAACAGUACAUAUGUGGACAUCCGUACUCAGCUUUACUGAACUGAAAAGCAGGCAUUGUAUUUUCCUUGGGCUCUUGGAAUAAAAACUGCACUACAGGUAUAGAUAUUGCAAAGUCAGCUCCAAGUUUAGUCCUGUGUUUCAUGCAGUUUACUAAAGUGGGGGGUUCCAUUGGAUCUUGAUGUUCUUAAAGCAUUUCCAAGCCUUUCUCUUAGGGCCCAGAGAGUUCAUAUGUCACUUGCUAUGAAGGCAAUUCAAGAGGUGUUUUGAUAUUACUAAGUGGAUAUAAUUAAUGUGUUUUGUAUAGAUUACUCACCGUUAAAAAGUCUCAAUUUUUAAGUCCCAGCUCUGACAACCAAGAGAGGCUUUUAUACAGUAGUAAGACAAACAUGCAUGUGCAGUGGAAUGUAUUUCUUCUGACAUGCUGUUGAUAUCACGCUGAAGGCCAUUUGGAUAAAUAUUCUGUAAUACCAAAAGGGAAAUAAACAAUAAAAAGAACAAAAAAAAGAACAAGGGCAGUUUUUAUUUCAUUAUUUCUGUAUAACCAACAACUGAAUAUUUGUCACAUUCAGCUUAUUUGCUGUUAUAUACUGGGUAAUGGGCAUUCUGCUAGUGCAGGAAACUAUGUACCUGACAGUGAGAUCAAAACAAACAGUUGCCUGGGCCAUAUUCAUUCAAUUUGUUGUACUACACUACUAUUUCAACAUAAUGAAAUAAACAUUGUGUAAUCAA